UCCAGAGACCACGGGUGUGGAGUAGGAAGUGAGGUGCGGGAAGUUCGUCGCUUUCUGAUGAAUUCAUUGACUGUGGAAUUGGGACCGGAGACGAAUCUGGUCCCUGGAGGCUGGUACUUGCACUCUAAACACCUUUCUCAGGUGGUCUGACAGUUCGACUGAGUUGUCUGCCACGCGUGCACAGUCUGAGUACAGGAGGUUGAAUUAGUUCUUAAUAAUGGGAAGAACCUACAUUGUAGAAGAGACUGUCGGCCAGUAUCUUUCAAACAUCAGUCUCCAAGGAAAAGCUUUUGUCUCUGGUCUUUUAAUAGGACAGUGUUCUUCACAAAAGGAUUACGUGAUUCUUGCCACUAGAACGCCACCCAAAGAGGAACAAGAUGAGAGCUCCAAACAUUCCAAAGCUAAGUUGGAUAACUUGGAUGAAGAAUGGGCCACAGAACAUGCCAACCAGGUAUCCAGAAUGCUACCAGGGGGACUUUUAGUUCUUGGAGUAUUUAUUAUUACAACUUUAGAAAUGGGAAAUGAAUUUCAAAAUAUCCUACAUAGAUUGAUGUGUUUUCCUCUCUUUCAGCUAGUAUUUGCUGUGGAAAAAUCUAUGAAUAAAAAGAGACUGUGGAAUUUCACAGACGAGGAGGUCUCAGAACGAGUGACACUUCACUUUUGCUCUUCUACAAAAAAAAUAUUUUGUCGAACUUAUGAUAUCCACAAUCCAAAGAGUUCUGCAAAACCAGCAGAUUGGAAGUAUCAAAAUGGACUAUCAGCUUCAUGGCUUUCUUUAGAGUGUACAGUAUAUAUUAAUAUUCAUGUCCCACUGUCUACUACUUCUGUCAGCUAUACUCUGGAGAAAAAUACAAAGAAUGGACUUAUACAUUGGGCCAAGCAAAUAGAAAAUAGUAUUUAUUUGAUUAAUGGACAAGUUAAAGAUGAAGAUUGUGACCUAUUAGAAGGACAGAAAAAAUCUUCUAGAGGAAAUACUCAAGCAGCUAAUCAUUCUUUUGAUGUCAGAGUGCUAACACAGUUGCUUCUGAAUUCAGACCACAGAUCCACAGCCACAGUCCAGAUCUGCAGUGGCUCUGUAAACCUUAAGGGUGCUGUGAAAUGCAGAGCUUAUGUUCAUAGCAAUAAACCCAAGGUUAAAGAUGCUGUACAGGCCAUGAAAAGAGAUAUAUUGAAUACAGUUGCUGAUCGUUGUGAAAUACUAUUUGAGGAUCUGCUUUUGAAUGAGAUUCCAGAAAAAAAAGAUUCUGAAAAAGAGUUCCACAUCCUCCCUCACCGAGUUUUUGUCCCCAUUCCGGGAUCCACUGUAAUGUUAUGUGAUUAUAAAUUUGGUGAUGAGUCAGCUGAAGAAAUAAGAGACCAUUUUAUAGAGAUGUUAGAUCAUAUGAUUCAAAUAGAAGAUUUGGAAAUUGCAGAGGAAAUAAACACAGCCUGUGUAAGUUCCUCUAUGAAUACUGAAGCUUCAUUGGACAACACAGAUGAUGAACCACCAAAACAGCCAAUUAAAACAAUAGUGUUGAAAAUUCAGCAAAACAUAGGUGUGAUUGCAGCAUUUGCAGUUGCAGCCCUUGCUGCGGGUAUCUCCUUUCAUUACUUCAGUGAUUAGGGUGAGGCACAAAGAGCUUCCUGAUCAUCCAGAGAACACUGACCAACAAUUAUGAAUAAUAAUGAGGCAAACAAUCCAUCUGCAUCUAAGACAAUAGCAGUCAGAUCUGCUGCCAUAAUGCCUAUUAGGUGUGUUUCUGACUAAAAUGAAAUCACCAGCUGCCUUGUUUAGCCCUGCUUAUUAUUAUUAUAGGCGGCUCAGGCUUCCAAGAAUAAAGUUAAUGAAUCUAGAUGGAAGUUGCAUGUAACAAAUCAUUAUUAUCUAUUUCUUAAAAUGUUCAAAAUGAUGGUUUAUUUUCAUAGAUUUUAGUCCUGUUGACCUGAACCACAUAUUGAUCAGGACAUUGGAAAUUUGAAUAGUCAGGGUUGACUGAAUAUCUUAGUAAUAGAACAAUAGGAGAAAUUUCUACAAAGUGGGGCAAAAACUUAUUGGAUAAGUUCAUAGUUUAGGACCUCUCUAUACUCAGUUCCGAAAUACUGAUUGAGUUCCAACUGAGGGGUAGGAAACCUCUCCAGACCUCUUGAAUCAGCAAGGAUUGUCAUAAAUCAUGAGCUUUCUCUGGUUAGUAUAUCAUAACCUAAUAUAUUAAAUAAGACUUUUGCUUCCAGUAAUAUAUUAGGUACUGCAAAACAACUAGAUCCUGAAUAAAAUCUCCUUUUGAAUACAUUAAUAGGCUCAAAGAAAGUAGGGGAAAUCUCCAAGAACUACACCUCUAUUUUUUCUCCCUGACAAAAUGAACACAUUUUGAUCUGGAAAUUGUGAAAACUAUAUUAAGCAUAAGGUUGACAGUGAUUGCGUGGGUGACAAAUACCAAUUGCAGCACCGCCAUAUGCAGUUUUCCUUAGACCGGAAACAAGGAGAUAUAUCUGAAUCUGAGAUGUCCCAUCCAGGACAGCUGAAGUGGGCCUCAGUUUGUAAUACCCUAUAGUUCCUGGCAGAAACAAGAUAUAGGCCCCAGAUUCCCAUAGAUUAAGAUAAGCAAUAUUAUUCAUAGCUGGAGAUCACCAGGUGCAAGUUGAAACUAGCUAGCUUGAGAAAGAACCUGUAGAUAUAAACUUUGGACUCAAUUUUCCAAGGUCUUAUCAUCAGCAUACAUGAGGAUGGAACCACAGACAGAUCUGAAAAAGAAACAAGUGGAACUGCUUGAUGAGAAAUACGUUACUUGCAAUUUAAAAAAAAAAAAAUCCCUUAGACAUGUUGAAUAUCAUAUUAGACUCAGCUGAAGAGACAAUACAUAAACUGGAAGCUAGAUAUAAAGAAAUUA